GUGUUGUGGGCGGCGACAGGCAGACCCGCAUGGACUGGCGCGUCCCUCCCCAGCCCGCCAGUCGCUCGCUCACCUGGCGGAGGCAGGUACUCACACUCAAUUUCCGCUUCAGUUUACUCGCCGUCCAUCCAACUUCCUGCUCUUCCGGCCUCCUUAGCCCCGUGCCAUGAUACCCGACGCCUUGCUGCCUCGAUGGUGACGAACGUGCAGCACUCAGGUACCAGGAAGCACUCUUGAAUCGCUGUGUUGCCGAAUGGUGUGCAGCAUGACCCGUCGCCUCGUGUUCACGUCAGGAAAACGUUACAACUUCCCCUCUGUGUGACGCACGACAACAUUCGCCUCACCCAAGAUCAUGACGAUCGAGUGAGAAACCAAAGCAUUGUGAAGGACUCCCUGCAUCAUCAUUGUGGAGGCGCAGGAGGGCAGGAUACGCAUGUUGGUGUGUGUUGUUGCUACAAACAGUACCCGGGGUGAGAGAGCGUCGUGUGGCAGUGAUCCGGGCUGGCAGCUGUGAGUUAUAGGGAGUGACACCUGCCUCACUCUGACGCACACUGGAGCACACACACAUACUGCUUAUAAAAUACCACAUUUCACUUCAAACCGGUGACUUACAAGCGAUCCAGUCUUAAAAUUUCACCUCGUUAGGCACAAACAUGUACUUAAUAUCUUUCACCAGUGACCAAUGAACACACGAACAGCACUGCGGCAAACACAUAACUUACAAACCCAUUAAUAACAUCCCCUGUCAUAACAGCUCGCCUUAUCAAUGAACAUAGAGCCGUGAAGUACGUGGGGAACACUACCAUCAAAACUCUAACCGCGAAUAUUAAUGCAGAGCGACCCGAGGAUUCAGAGAGAGGUGACGGGCAGCGCUAUUUCCCUCUGAAACAACAAAUCUGGGACAAAGAAAACUAAAGCUCGUGGAUAAUUCAGCAGUUCGAUAGCGUGACGCACCCGGUAACGCCGCCACCGCCACCACCACCACCACCACCACCACCACUGCCGCGGAAACAGCUGGAACUCUACGCCAAGAACCUCUCACUCUCCCUCUCCCUUACACUCACUCUCUCUCUCUCUCUCUCUCUCUCUCUCUCUCUCUCUCUCUCUCUCUCUCUCUGGCACGGAAGCAUUGAGUGAGCUAAGGCGUGAGGCGAUGAGAUGAGGAGCAGGGACGCGUCUCACACCUUCCCACUGAUUAGAUAAGGAGAUAAGAAAGGAUGGAGCGGUACGAGAGCCUGGGUGUCGUGGGCGAGGGCUCCUAUGGCCUUGUUCUACGCUGCCGUCACAAGGAAUCAGGACAGACAGUGGCCGUGAAGAAGUUCCUUGAAAGUGAGGACGACCCGACAGUGAAGAAAAUAGCGCUAAGGGAGGUGCGGAUGCUGAAGAAACUCCGCCACGAGAAUCUGGUGAACCUGAUCGAGUUUUUCCGCCGCAAGCGUCGCCUGUACCUUGUGUUCGAGUACGUGGACCACACCAUCCUGGACGAGCUGGAGGCGUCGGACGGAGGGCUGGACGAGGAAACGGCACGGGCACACAUCUUCCAAGUGCUGCGUGGCAUUGCCUUCUGCCACCAAAACCAGAUCAUCCACCGAGACAUCAAACCAGAGAACGUGCUUGUGAGUCGCCAAGGCGUGGUCAAGCUGUGUGACUUCGGGUUCGCGAGGCUGCUUGCGGGUCCCGGAGAGUCUUGCACUGAUUACGUGGCCACCCGCUGGUACCGCGCCCCUGAGCUGCUCGUUGGAGACACCAAGUAUGGCAGAGAGGUGGACGUGUGGGCGUCCGGUUGUCUGCUGUCCGAGAUGUUGACGGGGGAACCACUCUUCCCCGGAGAAUCUGACAUCGACCAGCUCUUCCACAUCAUCCAGACCCUAGGUGAGUUGAGCAUAUCUCACCGCCACCUGGUGGAGAGGAACCCUAUGCUGGCGGGUCUACGUCUCCCCGAAGCGGCCUCUACGCCCCUGUCCUCCUCUUUCCCGUCCUGGUCCCCGCGCGCCCACGCCUUCGUCUCCGUGUGUCUGUGCCUGGAACCCUCGGCGCGCCCCUCCGCUCAAGACCUGCUGAACCAUGACUUCUUCAUGCACGACUGCUUCCCCGAGACCUUCCUGCCGAUCCUGAAGCAGCGCGUGCAGCAGGAGUUCAGCAACAACUUCCUGCUGAGCCUGCCGGGCCGACGAGUCCCUAGCACGGCGGACAGGAAGGGCCGGGCCAGGAAGAUUCCAGGAGGCACCAGCCCUGAAAGUGUGUACGGCAGGAGCAUCGCCAGGCCCCAGCCCCACCCGCCGCCCCCAGCAAGGAGUGACAAUCCCGUCAGGUCUUCGCCGAUGAAGCAGUGUCAGCCGGGCACUCCUGAUGGACAGUCGGGAUUGGCGAGCCGCCCCGUGGUGUCCUUUGCACCCCUCACGCCCUCACACGUCAGGGGUGGGCCUUCAGGAGUAGCUACAAGCACUUUCAACAAUAACAACAACUACAGCAACAUGAACAACAAUAACAUCUUCAACAGUGGGGAGGACGCGCCGCACCCCGCCACCACCACCACCACUUCUACCGCCUCCUCCAGACUUAUUCCGCCCCUGCGAGACCACAACACCGUCACCUUCUCCCCCACCACCACCACCGCCCCCUCCACCAUGAACACCUACAAUAACAACAACAACAGCAACCACAACAACAACACCAUCGCCCUCACGCUGCACAUCACGGGCACCACCAACACGUCCUCUCCGUCACGCACCAGACCCGUGGAGAAGAGCCGCAAAUCUCCCGCCAGUCUGUGGGGAGUCCCUCUGAAACCACGGGGCCACGGGCUGUGCAUCCAGGGGCAGGGACAGGCGCACUGGGAUGACGACGACCACUUGAUAUCAGACGGACCUUCCUCCUUCCUCUCCAGCGGCCGCUACCACACAGACCACGGCCGCUCCUCAGACGCGCCACGCCCCAUAGACGCUAGUCGCCAUCCCUACACCAUCAGUCUGGACCGCACGAAGGAACUGGUGGCCCGGGACUCCUCCAGCCUGAGGGACGCGGCGGCCAGGGACGGAUUCGGGAGAGAGUUUACAAGAGACCCACUGAGGGAAAUCAAAGACAACCCAAGGGAGAGGGAGAGGAGACCCAGGCUGGAGAUCACUGGCUGGGCGAGGCCGAGGCUCCUCAAUAAUGACCUGUCGCUGCCUAACGUACCAGGAGUUCCCUCCCCGUUGGUGAACAGCGGCCAGGUCAGCCCCAAGAAGUACACGAUUGAGGGUGGAGUGGGCAAGCGGUCUCGGCGGGGCGGCCUCACCAUGCCCGCCCUCAGCUCGGUGCAGCGUGGCUCGCCCAAUUCCCUUAGCCGCUCGGUGGGUGGAGCGACGCGGCGGGAGGCGCAGGAGGGGGAGGAGUGGAGGAGCGGGGAUAUAGUGAGGGAGGAGUGGAGAAGCGGGGAGGUAGUGAGAGAGGAGUGGCUGCCUGGAGGGGAUGAUGAGGAGGGAGAGUGAAGGACAGAAUGUUCAAUACCAAGAUUAUCUCUAAUUUUCAACACCUGCUUCACUGAGGAUGCUUUUGUUAUGCAAGUCCCUUCAGACAGUCAGGUUUGUUGGCAAUAACAUGUGUAACGCUAAGGCUCAAUUGGCAUAGGGCCGGAGAGGUAUUGGUAGUGAGAAAUGCUUGGAACUAGAUCUUAUACCAAUCCCUCUCUCUUUUCCCUCUCCCGCAGGUUGACUCCACCCCUCCCUCCUCUCCCCUCGCCAACCUGCCAUACGUGUGACACUUGGCCAGCCGUCAGGAUCCGGCGCGUGGCAACUAUUAAGGGAAAGGACGAAAGGACAAGGAAAAGGUUGAACUUGUAAAGUGAAACUUUUCUUUCCGUUCAUUUCCAGAGGAUCCUGAUGCUUGAGCGACUCGUCUUUCCGUCGCGUCGCUCGGAGAGGUGAAAGAGAUCUCUUAGUAAUGACAAAAAGAAAGGACACUGAUACGCUACAAGCAAAGGAAGAAGCGGCUCAUUAAUCCUUUCAAACACGAGUCAGUCUGGUGUGUUGUGCUGAAGCGUGAGGCGUUGCAGAAACACAAUUAAAGAACAAUAGACACAAUACUUCUCUGAAACAUUCUGAAAUAUGUGAAGCGUCUGGUGAGGAAGAGAAAUCCUGAAAAUGCAGUUUCUCUGUGUGUAAUUUCGGAGAGGCUGUGAUGUGAAGUGCUCGUACGAUGGCGAGAUGAGAGGUGAGCGUCAAUCUCCCUGGCUACGUUGGCAUCAGUCGUGUAUCCUGCUUCGCUGACUGGCAGACAAACAGCUAACAUUCGUGCGCUAGCAAUAUUCACCACCGCGUAACAGCAGCUCGGCGCCAGUACCUUGCUUCUGCUGCCAUGCGUCUCUCAGCUGGCCGCCCAGUGAAUCCCGCAAUGAUAAAGUAGAAAAAUUAAUGAAUGACUAAACUCCAGCAAAGUCAUAAUCUGGAAGUGUCCGAGCUUCAUCUAGGUUCCGCAAGCGUUGAUCCCUCUCAGUCAUAAUCGGAACAAAUAUAAAAAGCAAAUUUUACCACAGGAGACCACAUACACUAGAUCUACUAGAUCUAGAUCUACACAACAUACACUAAAACUGCACUGGAGGUACACUGCCACUCACUGAACACGAACCUUGUGCACUGGUUACAUCGAGAAUGUGCGGUGACUCAAGGUGCAGAAAGACACUUACUUUUAACCUUCUUUGGCAUGACUGAUGAUGUGUUACUGAUAUAUGUAAUGAAUAAUAAUAAUAAUAAUAAUAAUAAUAAUAAUAAUAAUAAUAAAAAUAAUAAUAUCAAGUCCUACCCAUAGAUUGACUGAAUGUUCUGAGGGCAGUGUGCCUCCAGGUUGGUAGCCAAAGGUUUUCUUCUUAACACCAGAUUGCCCAUUUGUAUUCGUGUGUGAUUGCAAUGUGUGUCAUCUCACUUACACUGUUUGACUCCGUCCAGGAUACAGAUUCCAUCCGUCUCGGUGGCGCAGCGCCGCUGGUCCGCAGUACAAACUUUUGAGCAACACUCUCUGUUGAUGUCUGGGCGGCAAGUCACUGUGUCACCGCUCGUCCAUCAUUCCCGACCCGUACCGGUCCCUUCACUCGCCAGACUACCAAUUAAAACUCAAGCGUCUACAGUGCCUGGCUUCCCGGCCGCCUCAUAUUCCCGUGAGUCAGUGAGGCAGACGCGUGUCCUGCUUCACGCCAUGAACAGCACGGCGAAGAAAAUUUGAUUCAUGAGAAGCUUCGAAGAGGAGUGCAAAACACAUAUACAUCAUGUAACUUUUUAUGGCUGAAAUUUCCCCACCUGUGAACAACAGUAAUUUUUAAAAUUCCCUGUACAGCAAACUGCUUCUAGUUUUAUAUGGUGAUGAGUGUAUCAUGUGAUAAUGUCAAAUAACCCUAUAAUUAUAAGAU